AUGGACUGGUUCGUCGACUGGAUAUCGGAGCACUACGAGCCUGGCAAUUGCGGAACAACGACAGAAACCCGUGAAUUGAAGGCUGGGAAGCGACUUGGCAGACGACACCUGCGCAUGCUUCUGACAGCGGUAGGUCGGGGUUGCCUGGAGGGUACGAAUAACCCGAGGGAAAAGGUUGAUGCGCUGGUGCAGGUUAUUCUUCCCGAGGCCAACAUCCAUCCGACUACCAUCUCGAGUGCAGGAGAGCAUCCCCGUAUGCGACCUACUGUCUUGGCACCGGCCCACGACGCCGGCCUCGACCAAGCCGCGCAGCUCGCCACAGUGAUGGCAGCUUUGGAAGCUCAGCAGGCAGAAAUCGAAAAGCAGCGGGCAGAAAUCGAGACAGGGAAGCUCGAGAACAAGAUGCUCCGGGAAACGGUGGAGAAGCACCUCCCAAAGUCUCAGGCCGGCCCGGGCGGCGCGAGGGAUGCCGGGAAGAAAACGAAGAAGGCCUCCGAUUCGGCUGGUACGGCAAACGCUGACUCAGUUCAGCGGCCGCCGAAGCUGGACGAAUCGAAUAGCUGCGCAGGAAAAAAGGGCACGGUCUGCGUGUGCUGCCCGUCGUAG